UUUGCCGGAAGUAGCCGGCAUCCGGGACUGACAGACGCGCUGACGGUGUGUGACAGGGGCUGGCUGGAGCUGCUGAAAGGACUUGGUGGCUAUGGAGUUGGGCGAGCUGCUCUACAACAAGUCCGAGUACAUCGAGACGGCUUCUGGGAACAAAGUUAGUCGCCAGUCAGUGUUGUGCGGAAGUCAGAACAUCGUUCUCAAUGGCAAGACCAUUGUGAUGAAUGACUGUAUUAUCCGAGGGGAUCUGGCAAAUGUAAGAGUUGGACGUCAUUGUGUUGUGAAGAGUCGGAGUGUCAUAAGGCCACCAUUUAAGAAAUUCAGCAAAGGUGUUGCAUUCUUCCCUUUACAUAUCGGGGACCAUGUUUUUAUUGAGGAAGAUUGUGUGGUCAACGCAGCUCAGAUUGGCUCUUACGUUCAUGUUGGCAAGAACUGUGUGAUUGGGCGUCGGUGUGUGUUGAAAGACUGCUGCAAAAUUCUUGACAACACAGUGUUACCCCCAGAGACUGUGGUCCCCCCAUUCACUGUCUUCUCAGGCUGCCCAGAUAAAUAAAUAAAUAAAUAUUUUAAAAGUUUUGGGUGACUUCCACCAAGAUGGAGGCGUAGGUGGAAGUACUGUGCCUUCUCACACAUCCAAGUUAAAAAACAACAAAGUUUUAACAACAAAAACACAGCCAAACCACAGAAAAUUGAACUACACGGAACUCUGACAACCACGAACCCUUCAUCCAAACCAGUAAGAGGGGCAGAGCCAGCAGCGGAGCAGGGUCGGGCAGGAAAGAUCCACCUGAAGGACCCGGGAGCGCAGACCAGGUGCGCAACCCAGGUGCUGCACUGGCAGCCGUAGGUGGAUCCCAAGUGUGGAGUAGCAGGCGGACCCACUGAGGGCUGACCACAGUCACACAUUUGAGCGCAGAUAAACUGGUGAAGGAGUGAAGUGGUGAGACAGACCGUGCAGGCCCCAGUGGCGGAAAGUGGCAGAGGGGACUGCCAUUGUCCCUUUCUGACCCCGCCCCCACAUACAGCAUCACAAACCAGCAACCUGGGUGGCCCCGCCCUGGUGAACACCUCCUCUGUGUAACAGGCACGAACAGAUCAAAGCAUGGCUCAAGAACAACUCAGAGCCCCAGAGCCCAUAAAUCUAAGCAAUGAAGAAAUAGCCAGACUUUCAGAUGCACAGUUCAAAACACUGGUGAUCAGGAUGCUCACAGAACUGGUUGAUUAUACUCACAAAUUAGAGGAACAUAUGAAGGCUAAACUAAUUGAAAUGAAUGGAAAUGCACAGGAAACCAAUUGCAAUGGAAAGGAAACUGGGACUCAAAUCAAAAGAGUGAACCAGAGCCCUGGCUGGCGUAGCUCAGUGGAUUGAGCGCGGGCCUGUGAACCAGAGUAUCACGGUUCGAUUCCCAGUCAGGGCACAUGCCUGGGUUGCAGGCCAGUUCCCAGCUGGGGAAGCAUAAGAGGCAACCAUACAUUGAUAUUUCUCUCCCACUCUUUCUCCUUCCCUUC